GGAAGAUCAGAUUGGAGAAUGUCCUAGAACAUGUGGCUUGGAUAACAUGGCUUCUGUAUAUAAGGAAAGUUUCUUCCUUCCAUGACUCUCAUUCUUCACUACUUCAUCAACCAAUUCAUUCUUCAACCGUCUCUCAUCUCUUCACUACAUACUACUACCAUCUACUAUUCAAUCAUCAUGUCUGACAAUACCGGCAACGCCUCGACUGGUCAGUCGUACAUCGACCAAGCCACUGGUCUUGCUCAGCGUGCCAUGGGCACUGUGACUGGCGAUUCUUCCACUCAGGCCAAGGGCGAACUCAAGCACGAGGAAGGCGAAGCCAAAAAGGAAGCCUCCCACACAACCGCCAAGUUGGGCCCCUUCACCGCCGACCCGAACACUGGAGCCGUUGCCAAAGACGACCCCAAGCGUGACACGGGAUCCUGGGACCAGACCGUUGGCUCUGCCAAGGAGUCGGUUGGCAACAUUAUCGGAAACGAGAACCUGCGACGCACCGGAGCCGAGCAGAACGCCGCUGGCAAGGAACAAGAGGCCAAGGGCCAGCUGAAGGACUGGGGUGAGGGCAUUCAAAACCGCGCUCAGGGUACUCUUGGAUCCAUUGGUGCCGCCGUCACUGGUAACCGCUCCGAGGAGGAGAAGUACCGUGAUAUCCAUGAUGAGGGCAAGGUCCGCCAGCGCGGUGCUGAGGUCGAUAUGGCUAAGAAGGGUGGGGCUUAAGCUUGACUUGGAGAUGACCUCAUGAGUCUGGUUUUCUUUCUUAGUCACACUUGUUUUACUAUCACGAUUUUUACGAUGGCCCUGCUAUGAUAUCCAAAUUGAUGCCACGUUUUAUUUUA